CUGGACACCUGUGUCUCCUCAAGGCCCUGAUCCUUCGCCACUUGCAUUUUUGAGAUGGCUUCAAGUACUGGCAGCAGCAACGCACCUGGGGUUGACUUGGACGCCGUAAUUCAGGGCUUGCCUGCAUGCAAGCGCUGCCGGGAGUGCCGCCGUGGCUGCGACACACUCCUCCCGAAGUACAAUGCACCAAAGCUGGCGUCGAGUGUGUAUAUCAUGACCAUGGUCGCGGUGCGCUGGUUCCUCGCAGUUACAUUUCUGAGCUGGUCGAUCACGUGCGCAGACUCGAAGCUCGAAACAGCUCGUCGUCACCUGCAGCGUCCGUAGACACUCCACACAGAACGAGCUUCAUCGCAACCAACAAGUCCGAACCGCUGCUGCCGGGGCCCACUCCCCAGUAUGAACAUCAUUUUGCGUAUGCUGCGGACAGCUACCGAUACCUUGGCUCGGAAUCAUGCCUCCUGAAGUCUCCGAGAUUGCAAUCGACUUACGUCCGCUCUCCCUUCAAUGAAGAGGACGACUUCGUUAUGGAGUGGAAGUCAUCGCCGCAAAAGCUGUACGAGCUUGUCGAGGAAUACCUAGAGUGCAUGCAGCCAGUAUACCCAAUCAUCGAUCUAUCACAGCGAUACCUUAGUCUAGAUGUCCCUACGAAUCUGGCGCCGAUCGAGACGUUUUCACUGAACAUGAUAUAUUCGAUCGCCUGUCAUGUCAUUCCUAACAGUGCAAAGCGGCAAGACGCUCGAAAUUUGUGGCAGUCUUCGGGAAAACAGGCCCGUUAUCAAGCAAACUGUCUGAAGUACCGCAAUCUUGCCAGCAAAUUCUACGACAAAGCCAUGGAUCAUGUCGAAGCAGCAACGCUCGAGCCUACGACAGACACGCUGCGAGCAGUAUUACUGAUGGCUAUCAACAGCUUGUUCGAUCCGAAGUCAGGCAACAUCGGUCAGCAGAUAGCUCUGGCUGCACGCAUGGCGUACAGUCUCGAGGCAACGGCAGAGCAAGAGGGCUCAACGCCGAGCAAUACAGAGAUGCUUCGAAACAUGCACAUGACUAUCUUCAGCAUGGAGAACGAGAUUGCAUCAACUUUAGACCGGCCGGCAACUUUUCCAGAACCAAAUUGGGAGCUUUACUUCGACAAGGACAGACCAGCUGAAUACAUGUGCUCGCUGUUCCGCUUGCAGCAUCGAUUUCGCAAUGGCGACUCAGCGACUCGGUCGAAUCUGAAGAAGCUGCUGCCGCGCUUGGACGAAAAGGCUGAAUUACUUCCCGUCAUUCGCAUCGCUUUACAUACAACUGUCCUGCUCCUAGAUCCAAGCUGGGGCAGUGCCUGGUACGUACUUGAGGCUGUCGUGAGCCUGGGUGGCACAUACACAUUUCUCACGCCACACUGGGUAUACCGGGCUGGCACCAUCAUAAUUCAGAACAUGCCCGAGAUCUACGAAGCCAACGUCAUACAGCUCUACUCCAACACCGUUCAUGUGUUGGAGCUUUCGUCCUGGAAGUGGCCAAGCUCUGCUGCCCUCAAUGCCUCUCUGGCCGAUCUCAUGACGCAUAUGAAAAGUAAAUACAGACCAAACUGGGCUGAUAAACUCCGCCUUGGAGAUGUCAGAAUAUGAUCACCAAUCACUCGCAGAACGUACCAGCGAUUCUUCAACCCUUCUUCAGGGGCGGAGCAUUCCUUCAGGCACAUGCAAGGCUCUGAAAUUUCUUCGCCCUUUUUCAUAGACGAACAAAGUGAGAGGUGAGAGGUCCACGAUGAAUUUUGCACGACACUUCUCAGCAAACGUCUUCUUCGUUCAACGGCCGCACAAAAGGAGCUGGCACCGACAGCUUUUCGUAACAAAUCAAGGCCUAGUACAGCACGAUAUGGCAUCGACUGAAGCGCAAAUAUUCAUCGUACACCGAUCUUUCAAUCCAUCGGGUGCUUAUGUCGACAGCUGGCUCUCAAAUUUCUACGCAGAUCUGUCUUCUGUGCAACACUGCGCCCAAAGAGUCCGAGAUGAUGUGGAAAAUGAUGGCGCAGAGGCGAUCAAUACGGAUGG